GCCUUCCUGCGUGGCUUGUUCUCGGAGAGGAUACGACUGCCCGGGGUAUCGCAAGGAUGUCAAAUGGUCGGUUAAGCAUGAAGCGAAGGGUCUGGCUUCACAUAAUUUGGAACAAUCAGAAUCCUCAUCACAAAAUGGACCUCUUAUGAGUUGGUUCACUGAACCAGCGGAGAAGCUACGUCUUGCUUUGCUCAGCGAUCUGCAACCUCCCCUUGAGCGUAGCCAGUCCUCUACUGAGACCAUUGAGCAAUGCGAGACAUCAAAACCAUUUGUUGAAAGAGCAGAAGCUCCCAAUCAUUCGACCACACGCAGCGGUCCAGCACUUCCAUUGCAGACCUCCGACGCCAAAAGCAGCCCGGGGAAACAACAUGACGCUGGGAUAGUAUCACGACUAACUGAUUUGUCUACGAAGUUGCGAGCAUACUAUUUUUCCGACACAUGCCGUAUCCUUUCCGCUUAUGAUUCUCCAACGAAUCCACUGCGAGAAUGGGUCGCACGGCUAUCCAGUGAGCACCCCGUGAUCGAUGCCUGCGUUCUAUCCAUGUCGGCUGCACAUCUCUCGCAGCAACAGCGUGAGAUGAGUAAACUGGCUGCAAGCCACCACACAGCAGCGCUUUCAAAACUUGGAACUGAAUUCGACGCUCUGGACAAACAGUCACCGUCAGACUCACCCGAUAAGGCUUCACUCUCUCGAAAGAACACCGGAUCUACGACUGUCUUACUUGUUGGGAUGACUAUGAUCGGAAAAACAUCAUCAUGGAAUGAUCCAUCCUCACUUGGAACGCAGCACCUGGAAGCGGCAAGGGCUAUUUUCAAGUCGUUAUAUUGCGAACGCCACUCUGAGCCUUCUCCAGACUCCUGUUUACUGGGACCAGAUGACCCGCGUCCUCGACAAUUCUUCGUUGGAGCUUUAGCUUACUGGGAAGCCUUGAUGUCUUUUGCCGUAGACAACAGCACAGACACGACAGACUACCUGCUACCCUUCGGCGACGACGAAAGCAACAUGUCAAUUAUCCAUCCCUGGAGCGGGAUGUCGCCCAAACUCUUCAUCUAUCUGUCCAGAAUUGGCUCCCUCGCGCGACAAGCGCACCAUCUACGGCGGGCAACAGCUUCCCCGCAACGGACACAAGAAGGCCGACACGAACUUCUAUCGCAAGGCAAGCAUCUAGAAGAGUUGAUAUGCCAAUACAAAUUUCCCCGUCAGGAUCAGUUCCAAAGUACAGGUGAUCCAUCUACUCCAAUCCUCCAUUUCCGAUUUCUAGCAAGAGCCUAUGAACUAUCGAUUAUGCUCGAGCUGUGUCGAACAUUUCCCGAGUUGCUGCGCCGGGACCAACGGGAGUUAGAUCACGACACUCGAAAACAACAUCUGAAUACUCUGGCCAUCACGAUUCUCACGCUGAUUGCCAAGAUACCUGAAACAUCUGGAACGAGGGCAAUUCAUAUGCCGGUUCUUGUGAUAGCGGGAAGUACGCUUCAGUUUCAGCGGAUUGAAGACAUGGAUAUCGAUAUGGAAGUAUCCACUGAAGGUGCUCCGGGAUCAUCUCGUACAGGUGGACAAUUUGAUAUACAGUUCUGGCGGUUAUUUGUCGAUUCUAGACUCGACAAGUUGGCGACUUAUAUGGGGUUAGAUACAGUGCGGUGGGCAUGUAGGAUUGUGAGAGAAACCUGGGCUCGGGCGGACCGGUUGUUGUUGAGUAGUUCAUUGCAUGUGCCUUGGAUUGACGUGAUGAUCGAUAAUGGAUUGGAGACUCUUAUAGGAUAG